AGAGAGUGAGAGAGUAACAGAGACAGCUCGUUCUCAGUACAGUGAGACCAUUUCAAAACCUCUCUGAGCGCUCCAAGGCUGGGGAGGGUGGUGGAUAGCAGAGGGCACAACGUGAGGAGUCACCUCUUCAACGCAAGUCCGCGGAGUGAGUCUGCGAAAUUCACAGCCUAUCACUUUCCGGCCUGGAACAGAUUCUGUCGGAUUUCUCUUUGUGGGAAAACUUUCUCACUCCCUGCCCGGGUCUGAACGUCGAGGGACGUUGACGACGGGAGUGCACUCGGUAACUCGGUGCUGGACAUCAGUAGGGCGAAUAUUCGCCCCCUCAGUCUCGGACGAAUACCAUCCCCUCCCUCUGUCUUUCUUGGGGGAACAAAAUGUCCGAGACAUCGAACAAAGAGGCCGAGAAGCCAACGUUCUUGGUGACGGAGAAAUCGGCAACCAUCGAUGAGAUGAUCCAGGCAUGCAUCAAUGAAUUCGAUGACUGUGGGAGGCUGAAGAACAGGCUCCUUCCUCACAUGUUCUUGAUGAUGCACCAGUGGUAUCUGCCAUCAACUGAACUAGUGGGAAAACUGCUCCAAUUAUAUCGCGAUGCCUGCAGUUCCAAUGUGAAGAUCAUUCAACUUAAAAUCUGCCAGUUGGUCAGGUUCUGGAUUGCGGAGUUCCCCGCUGAGUUUAACCUGGACUCUGAGCUGGCUGCGCAGAUGAAGGAGCUUCAGGAGACAGUGUGUCGAGCUGGAGACAGGAGACACAGCCAACUGGUCGACAUCUCCCAGGUACCCUCCUUCGAGUGGAAGAGGCAGGUUACGCAGCGCAACCACGUCACUCAGAAACGGAGGAAGAUGUCCCUCCUGUUCGAUCACCUCGGACCGUUGGAACUGGCUGAGCACCUCACCUACCUGGAGUACAAGUCCUUCUGCCGUAUCCUGUUCCGGGACUACCAGAGCUUUGCCAAGCACGGCUGCACCAAAGACAACCCGAUUCUGGAGAGGUUCAUCAGUCUGUUCAACAGCGUGUCCCAGUGGGUCCAGAUGAUGGUGCUGAGCAUGCGCACCCCGCAACAGAGGGCAGAGGUUAUCACCAAAUUCGUCCACGUCGCCCAGAGACUGCUCCAGCUCCAGAACUACAACACUCUGAUGGCGGUGAUUGGUGGGUUGAGUCACAGCGCCAUCGCCCGCCUUAAGGAGACCUACCAUUACGUCAGCCCCGAUGUGGUCAAGAUUUCCGACAGUCUGACAGAGCUAGUGACAACCUGUGGUAACUACAGCAACUACCGCAAGAGUUUCGCUGAGAGCUCGGGUUUCAGGUUCCCCAUCCUGGGGGUGCACCUCAAGGAUCUGCUGGCUGUUCACCUGGCCCUCCCUGACUGGCUGGAGCAAGGCCGCAUCAACCUGGUGAAGAUGGAGCAGCUCUACUCCAUCUUGAACGAACUCAUCCGCAUUCAGUCCACCGCACCCCCCGUCGAGCCCAGCAUGGACCUGGUCAGCCUGCUGACGGUCUCCCUGGACCAGUUCCACACUGACGAUGAGAUUUACAAACUGUCCUUAUCACGGGAACCCCGCACAUCCAAGUCAGCGCCCUCAAGCCCAACGCCACCCAAGUCUCUGGUUAUCGAGGAGUGGGCAUCAGCUGUCAAACCCAAAACAGACCCUGAACUCAUCAACAAGCACAUCCUCAAGAUGGUGGAGUCUGUGUUCCGAAAUUUCGACGUCGACCACGAUGGCUACAUCUCCCAGAAGGAGUUCAGCAUCAUCUCGUCCAACUUUCCCUAUCUGGACAGGUUCAGUGUCCUGGAUGAGAAUCAUGACGGACAGAUCAGUCGAGAUGAGAUGAUCACCUACUUCAUGCAGGCAAACUCCUUGUUGAACUGCAAGAUGGGAUUUAUUCACAACUUCACAGAGACCACCUACCUGAAGCCCACCUACUGCGAGCAUUGCAAGAACUUUAUUUGGGGCCUGUACAAACAAGGCUACAAGUGCAGGGCCUGUGGGAUUAGCUGCCACAAACAAUGUAAGAGCCUGUUAGUGGUCGAGUGUCGGAAACGCACCAAGAGUAUCAGCCUGGACAGUCCCACCCCCUCCCUCAGGAGAUCCUUCAGCUUUCCCGUCACAAACUCCAGCCCUGACACCUGCAGUACAGUGACUGAGGAGGAUGUCGAAGACCUGGCGGAUGAUGUACAAGAUAUUCAUCUCUGAGCUACAGCCCACAACCGGCUCCAGACGUGAAGGUUCCUGAGGUGGACCGUCUCACCAUCUCCCCUACUGGACAUCGGCCGUACCUCUCUCCCGCUCCCUGAGUGACAUCCCCUCUUUGGGUGGGAUUCGGGGAGGGAAGGUGGGACCGACAUUGAUCCAUUGAUGGCCUUGCAGUGGGCCGCAACGGCGGGCGGACCAGACAACGGGGCGCUGCGAGACGGGGCGCGUUUUCAGAGUCUCUGGUGUGAACCAGCUCAAUUCUCGACCGACCCCCUUCUCCCCAUCCGCCAUUUCCAGCUCCGUUCAUUUCCUUGCUGCUGGUUCUCACCCUCUGCCCUGACUUGGGGUGGGCGCCCGGAAGGGUCGACUUGGAGACUGUGCGACCUUCGCCCCCUUGUGGAAGUUUCCAGAUUGGCCAAGAGUUCGCAAACCCGACUCGCGUUCUUACGCCCCGACAUUUCAGCGCCUCUCCACCCGAUUUGUUUUCGCUUUACGUCGGCCAUUUUGUUUGGUCCCCUUUUAACCUGAGACAGGAGCCUGAGGUGUUCGGCCUAACGUUUGUUGUGUGGGGACAAAUCUUGGACCUGCGUUGCCGCCAAUUUUUGUGAGCUCUCGCCUGUGUACAUUUUCUUUCUCUGAGACCCUCGGUGAGGGUGGGGGGGGGUUACGAAAUAACGUCUCAGCUUCGAGAAGCAUCGGACGCAUUACCCCUCCAGCCCUUGCGACAGGCCCGAGGUCAGGCCUCGUUGACAACUUUUAAUAAAGUUUCAAUGCUAUUUAA